AUGGGCAAUGAAUCAUCUACGGUGGUAGACGAAAAUACCCCACCGUCUGUGCUACAAGCACGUACCGUUGAAGCUGUUGCGAAAUAUGUCAAGGAGAAACAAGUGCGACGGGUGGUAGUGAUGGUUGGAGCAGGAAUCAGCACAUCGGCCGGCAUUCCCGAUUUCCGGUCUCCAGAUACCGGUAUAUACGCAAAUCUCAUCCACCUAGAUCUACCCGACCCCGAGGCAGUGUUCGACAUCAGCUUUUUCAGAGAAAACCCUAAGCCGUUCUACGCUUUGGCGCGGGAGCUCGCCCCAGGGCAGUACAGACCUACAAUUGCGCAUUCGUUCGUAAAACUACUCUACGAAAAGGGCAAGCUUUUGAAACAUUUUACGCAGAAUAUCGACUGUUUAGAGCGGCUGGCGGGUGUACCGGGCGAGAUGAUUGUCGAAGCACACGGGAGCUUCGCGACUCAGCGCUGCAUUGACUGUAAAACGGCAUAUCCGGAGGACGCCAUGAAGGAGGCAAUUGCAAAGGCUAAGGUACCGUCCUGCGAGGAGUGUAGGGGGCUAGUGAAGCCGGAUAUUGUUUUCUUCGGGGAAGCCCUGCCCGAGUCUUUCUUCUCCAACAGAGAACUUCCCGAAACAGCAGACCUAUGCAUUGUCAUGGGGACAAGUCUCCAAGUGCAGCCCUUUGCUAGUCUCCCUUCAUUCGUUACAGAUGGUGUCCCGCGUGUUCUCAUUAACCGGGAGCGAGUUGGGGGGAUGGGGUCUCGUCCAGAUGAUGUCCUCAUCCUAGGCGACUGUGACGACGGGGUGAGGACACUUGCGCGAGCACUGGGCUGGGAGGAAGAACUGCAAAACUUGUGGGAGGAAGCCAACCCGAAUAAGAAGUCGCGGGAGGAAGAGCUGGCGCCUCUUGCGACGCGAGAAGAGCGGCUUGAGAAUGAGAUUGACCGGUUGACCGCAGAAGUAGACAAGACCCUCAAGAUCUCAGACGCUUACCAGAAACGUGUUCGGGAGCGUCUGGACAGCCAUUCACCUGAGGGCAAUGGGGUUACAGGGCUGGCUCACGUUUUCCCUCAUUUGGCCAAACAAUAA